CCUACGCGGACCUGCAUUCCGCUGCAACAGGACUUUCACCAUUCCUAGAGGGACCCAGUCGAAGACAUGGAACAAGCUUGUCAGGCAUGCCACUUACCAUGUUAUUUAUAUGAACUGGUUUCCUUCAUCUUUUCAUGCUGCUGGGACGUCCGUGCCUUCUCCUCUCGUGCGCAGCUUAGGGCAUCUCAUUGAUCGCGCUACAAGACCAGACGAGCCGUUGUCCACUUCACGAACACGGGUCAAGAUCGGGAUACUUGUCUGACUGCGGAUUAGAACCGUCUCCACUCGCUUCCUCAUCCAAUCCAGACACUCAGAAGACCGUCGUUUGUACUUCAAAAUGAAGAGUGCUGCCGUUAUUUGCGGCCUGUUGGCCUCGUCGGUGUCCGCCCAUGUCCAGAUGUCCAAUCCGUUUCCCAUUCGCAGUCCUCUAAACCCAGACGCCAGUGGGAACAAGGACUACUCGUACACCAAUCCUCUUUCCAGCGAUGGUCAUGACUUUCCGUGCAAAGGAUAUGCAAACGACCCAUUCCAAUCGGUAGCGAACUACUCCCCUGGUGGCUCAUACAGCCUGGAACUGCAGGGGAGUGCCACGCACGGGGGAGGUUCUUGCCAAAUUUCCCUGUCAUACGACCAGGGCAAGUCGUUCAAGGUCAUCCAUUCAAUGCUCGGCGGGUGCCCCCUUGUCUCCAAAUACCAGUUCUCCAUCCCAUCGGACGCCCCCGGUGGACAAGCUCUUCUGGCGUGGUCCUGGUUCAACAAAAUCGGGAAUAGGGAAAUGUACAUGAACUGCGCCCAGGUUACCAUCGGCGGCUCCAAGAAGCGUGAUGUAGCACAGCAGCAGAUCGCCGGCAGCGUCGCCAGCUUCAGCAGCGCUCCACCAAUGUUCAUCGCCAACGUCAACGGGCCUGGAGGGUGCACGACUAUCGAAGGCCAAGAAGUCAACUUCCCCCUUCCCGGCUCGUCCGUUGAGGGUAGCGGUUCUGGAACCGGUUACACCUGCACCGGUACUGCUGAUUUUCUGGGAGGCUCCCACGGCGCUAACUCGCCGUCCUCGUCCUCUGCUGCUUCCUCCCGCAACGCCCUGACUUCAUCGUCAGCCGUUGCUCCGUCUCCGUCCUCUGUCUCUUCUUCAGCUGCUGCCUCGCAGUCGGCUUCCAAAGUGGCAUCCGCCUUCGGGUCUAACAAGGAGCACACUGUGCUGCUUCCCACUGCUGCAGCAGGGUCUGAAUCUAGCCGCAUUGCCAAUGACCUGUCCAAUGGAAAUGUUCAUGGUGCCGCUCAUGUUGCCGCUCAUGAUGGCGCCCACGGUGGCUCUUGCGUUGACAACACUAUCGUCUGUAAUGAGGAUGGCAAGUCAUGGGCCCUUUGCGCUCACGGCCGCCCGGUCCACAUGGGAUCUGUUGCUGACGGCACCUACUGCAAGCACGGCGCCAUGCACGCUGCUUGAAGGGCUAGCCACAGUCCUCUGAACGACCGCCUUUCAAUCUUAUACUUCUCGCGUUGAGCACUUCCCUCAAGCUUAAAAUUGGGUUCAAGUGCGCCAAAUGCUCUUAUGUAUCUUCGAUAAUGAUGUAUUGUUAAUUCU